AUGGCUUCCCAACGCCUUUCCGCCGUCCUCUCACACCUACCUUCUACCUCGAGCGCGGUAGACAAUAUUGCGAAGCAAAACCCCGACGAUGUAGUCAUCACCCUCGCCAUCAGGACGCCCAUGUGCAAGGCCAAGAAAGGCGGACUCAAGGACACGACGCUUGAUGGCCUGGUCUUCAAGAUCCUCGAACAAGUCCGACUCCGGAGCAAGCUCGACCCGCGCCUCGUCGACGAUGUCUGUCUCGGCAAUGUCCGCGACGGCAAAGCUGGGUACUAUGUCCGGGCGGCGGCUCUCGCAGCAGGCUUCCCCAACACAGCCGGUGCGUCGAGCGUUUCGCGGUUCUGCUCCUCAGGCCUGACGGCGACGCAAUUCAUCGCCAAUGAGAUCAUCACCGGCAUGAUUGAAGUCGGCGUGGUAGUCGGCGCCGAGUCUCUGAGUGAAGGGAACGAACGUCUGAGUCGACCAUUCGCCGACGACGUCAUGAACGCGAGCGAGGACGCGAGGGACUGUAUGCUCCCAAUGGGCGCCACGUCGGAGAAUGUGGCGAGAGAGUUCAACAUCACUCGGCAGCGGCAGGACGAGUUUGCCGUCGAGUCGUACCGGCGUGCCGAGCUGGCGCAGAAGAGCGGCUGGUUCGAUGACGAGAUUGCCCCUAUCACGGUCAAGAAGGACGGCAAAGACACGACCCUUGCCCGCGACGAAAUCCGAUGGGGGACCACGUACGACGGGAUCAAGAACCUUCGUCCGGCCUUUGCAGAGUAUGGGGACACGACGCACGCCGGCAAUUCCAGCCAGAUUACCGAUGGAGCCGGUGCUUUAAUUCUCAUGAAACGUUCCAAGGCCUUGGAGCUGAACCAACCCAUCCUUGGAAAAUACGUUGGCACAGCCCUUGCCGGUCUGCCACCACGCAUUAUGGGCAUCGGCCCGGUCUUGGCCAUUCCCAAACUACUUGCUCGCUACAACCUGUCACUGGACAAGGACAUUGACGUGGUGGAGAUCAACGAAGCAUUUGCUUCCAUGGCCGUCUAUUGUCGGGAUUAUCUUAAUCUGGACUGGACGAAAUUGAACCCUAGAGGUGGUGCCAUUGCGUGA